AUGAAAAACAAUAUCUAUCUAUCUAUCUCUCUCUCUCUCACUCUCUUGUGCUCUUUCUUCUCAAUUUCUUUCCUUGUUUCUUUCCUUCUUUCUCUUUUCUUUCACUAUCUAUUUAUCUAUCUACAUAUCUUUCUCUUUCUCUCUCUCUCUCUCUCUAUCUAUCUAUCUAUCUAUCUAUAUAUAUAUAUAUAUAUAUAUAUAUUCGUCCUUUGCUUUAUGUUAAAACUUUACCCACCUAUGUCUCUUUUCCUCUCUUUCUUUCUUUCUUUCUCUCUCUCUUUUCUUUCUUUCUUUCUUUCUUUCUUUCUGUCCUUCUAUUUAUGUAUCUUUCUUCGCUUUUUCUUCUCUAUGCAACAUUAUUUCAUGCUUCUAAUCGAUGGUCCUUUCAUUAUCUAUCUAUCUAUCUAUCUAUCUAUCUAUCUAUCUAUCUAUCUAUCUAUCUCAGUCUGUUCGUAUCUAUCUAUCUACCUAUCUAUCUAUCUAUCUCAGUCUGUUCAUAUCUAUCUAUCUAUCUAUCUAUCUAUCUAUCUAUCUAUCUAUCUAUCUCAUUCUGUUAACAUCUAUCUAUCUAUCUAUCUAUUCAUUAUCUCAUCUAUCUAUCUAUCUAUCUAUCUAUCUCAGUCUGUUAUAAUUCAUUCAUCUAUCUAUCUAUCUAUCUAUCUAUCUAUCUAUCUCAGUCUGUUCAUAUCUAUCUAUCUGACACACAUUUUUUCUUAUUAA